AUGUUCUCCGGAUACCAGUGGUUACCCGGCCCUUCGGGAGGACGCGGUACCGCCACGCUGGUCACUAAUAAGAUCACCUGCCUUGUGCACGACCUCGACAUGCCCGAAAUCGAACAUGUCAUGGUAGAGCUUCUCCCUGGCAAUGCAUCCCGACAAAGCGUGUACAUACUCAAUGUAUACAGCAGCCCCAGUCACCACAAGCAACGGUUCAAACGCCUGUUCCAGAAAGCCAUUCGCCUCGCCGGCUCCAACCCGAUAGUGAUCGCGGGCGACUUUAACGCCGCGCAUCGCACCUGGGGCUACGCGUACGACACCCCCAAGGGUACCGAGCUUUGGCAGAACGCGAACGACAUGAAUCUUACCCUCAUUACGGACAAGGCUUUCCCCACCCGCACUGGCACGUCCACGCAAAGAGACACCACCCCGGAUCUCUGCUUCGUCAAGAAUAUCGCCGACGCCCGUUGGUCCAACCUCGCGGUAGAUCUCGGUAGCAACCAUUUCUUAUUGGCCGUACACUUCUCCACAGUCAGCAGGAAGACCAAGACGUACACGUGGGUGGACUGGGACCUCUUCCGUAAGACUCGCGCAGAACGACCCCCUCCCUACGCCGCGCCAAGUCUCGAGACGUGGACGGAUCAGCUUAAGGUCGACGUCGGCAAGGCCACCAAAACCAUCUGUACAGACCUGUCCACCGAGAGGAUGGACAGUCGCCUAGCCCACCUGCUCGAGGCCAAACAAUCCCUACUGGCCCGAUGGAAGGGCCAGCGUCUCAAUCGGAGGUUACGCAAACGCAUAUCCGAGCUGAACAAGAGCACAGCGGAUCACUGCAGCACCCUUUCCAAACAGCAGUGGGACGAAAUACUUCAUCAGGCCAAAGGGACCGCACCACCCGAAGAAGUCGCCAAAAGCCUCGUGCAGAACUAUAUACCGCUUCCCGCGGACCCGUCGAUUCCUCACCCCGAAUACACUGGCACCUACAACACCCACUUAGACGCCGACUUUUCCGUCGAAGAGGUGCGCCGAGCUCUCCACGAACUCAAUGGCCGUUCCACCUCUGGCCCCGAUGGCAUCCCCAACAAGCUCCUACGCAACUUGGAUGAGCCCUCCGUCAAUUACCUCACCGAUACUAUCAACGAAACGUGGAAGAAGGGCGAGCUACCCAACGCCUGGAGACUCGCCCACACGAUCCUUAUUCCCAAACUGGGAAAAGCGCCUAGCUUAGAUCACCUCCGGCCCAUCUCGCUCACGUCGGCCGUCCUCCGCGCAGGAUACUUGGUGUCGGAAGAAGUCGAGCUCGGACAGUGCGGAACUCUCCAGGGGUCCGUCCUCUCGCCGACGCUCUUCAACCUAGUGAUGAUCGGGCUCUCCGAACGACUCUCGAGGAUCGACGGGCUAAAUCACACCAUCUAUGCGGACGACAUAACGAUCUGGUGCUCCGCGGGGUCGGAUGGCUUCAUCGAAUCCGCCCUGCAGGAGGCCAUUGAAACUGCCGAGUCCUACCUUGAACACACCAGUCUCAAGUGCUCCCCCACCAAGGCCGUCCUCCGCGCAGGAUACUUGGUGUCGGAAGAAGUCGAGCUCGGACAGUGGGGAACUCUCCAGGGGUCCGUCCUCUCGCCGACGCUCUUCAACCUAGUGAUGAUCGGGCUCUCCGAACGACUCUCGAGGAUCGACGGGCUAAAUCACACCAUCUAUGCGGACGACAUAACGAUCUGGUGCUCCGCGGGGUCGGAUGGCUUCAUCGAAUCCGCCCUGCAGGAGGCCAUUGAAACUGCCGAGUCCUACCUUGAACACACCAGUCUCAAGUGCUCCCCCACCAAGAGGAGUCACUAA